UUUGCGCAUAAAAAGGAACUAAACGGUGAACCAAUGAGGAUAGUACCUAUAUUUACCCCAUAAUAAUCUGUGCAGUUGUUGUAGGAUCCAAUAUCAUUUCUACGGUUAACAUUUAAUAAAGAAGUUUACUUUUGUCAAAAUGCCCUUGCCACCAGCAUUAGCUGCAAGGUUGGCAAAGCGUGGAAUCCUUAAAGGAAGUAACAGUGACGAGAAUACCGUAAACCAGGAUCGUCAUCCUGUCCCAGCCAAUGAAGAGAUUAUAGCCGAGGAUUACGAUAAUAAACCUGAAGAAGCCGGAAAUAAGGAACACUUUUGGGCCGGUAUAGAAGGCGUCAAUGUUGAUCCGAUUAAGGGACACAAGGGUUGUCCAAAUAAAUAUAACAUUUAUCACGAGUGCUCAAAAUUUUGUGUUAAAACAUGGAAGCAAGGUAAAGUGAUGCUAAAUGAGACUUAUUUGGAAAAUAAAAACAAAGUAUUAGAAAAGUGGCCUCUACCUCCUGGUUGGGAAGAAGUUUAUGAUGAAGGAGUUGGGCAACACUAUUUUUGGAAUAUUCAAAAUAACUUAGUGUCCUGGUUGCCACCUGGUCAUCCUAAGUCUGUGGUUACUGAAAGUGCAGCACAUUUACGUGAAGAAAGGUUAUUGAAAGAGGGAGAUGAAAGUGAUAACACUAGUGAGGAGUCUGAUCAGGAAGUACCUCAACAGCCUGUCAAAGAGAAGAGGCGUGAUCGGCGGGAUAAGAUUAGAGAAGUACAUCAAAGGAGAGAUAGGAAUAAUAAAAGACAGAAGACCAAAGAUAAUGAUUUAGACCCUAUGGAUCCUGCAGCCUAUUCAGAUAUACCCAGAGGGAACUGGUCAUCUGGAUUAGAUUCUCAUGUGAAGACUGGUGUGGACACUACUGUGUCAGGCCCACUGUUUCAGAUGAGGCCAUAUCCUGCCCCAGGUGCUAUCCUUGCAGCCAAUGCUAAAAAGCAACAGUCCCCGCCCCCAUCUCCAUAAAUUGUUCUUAUUAACACAAGAAAUAUAUUGUAAGGUACUUUUUAAAAGUUAUUUAUCUAUCAUUUGAUCAAGACAUUGAGCAUUGUUGUUAAUUUAAUAAUAAAAAUAGCCAUCAGUAGUUUA